AUGUGUCCACCUGCUACCACCGGCAAUAAUAGCACUACAGAUCUUCCUAUCCCUCAAUUGAUUCAAUUUAAUCCCGCUGCCCAAUUACCUAUCAAACUGCAAGGUAAUCUUAACUUUGCAACAUGGAAAGCACAAUUGGUGAUGCUUCUCAACGGACACAAACUCAUUGGGCACCUCACUGGAGCAAAACCUGCUCUGCCAUCCACCAUCACUCAUAAUGAUACCACUAUCGAAAAUCCUGAAUUUGAAAUGUGGUUCUGCCAGGAUCAACUGAUCCAACAGGCAAUGAUGGCAUCAGUCGAUCCUACCAUUGCUCCCACGAUUGCAACGGCUUCCUCGGCUAAACUGGCCUGGGAACUCCUUCAUACGGCGUAUGCCAACAGGAGUCACACUCACAUCUUCAGCCUGCGAGAUCAGUUGCAAAAUUUGAAAAAGGCCAACAGGUCUGUUGCUAAUUACUUACAAGAAAUUAGAUCAAUUGCUGAUGCUUUCAAAGUAGCUGGUUCACCAGUAGCUGAUGAAGAACUCGCUGUCAAGAUCUUGAGUGGCUUGGGUCCUGAGUAUCGUGAGAUCUCUGCCGCCAUAAAAGCACGAGAUACAGCCUUAAGCUUUGAGGAACUAUUCCACAAACUCACGGACCAGGAACUCUUCCCUGAAACACCAAGAUCUUGA